AUGUCUAUGAAACCUAAGAUCAAGACCUUUUUUGGUGCCUCCAGACAGUACGUUGUUGCCGGUGCCUCCAACAACCCUUCCAAAUUCGGCUUUAAAAUUUUGCUGUGGUACGUGAGCCACGGUUUAUCUGUGGUUCCUAUCAACCCGAAGGAAAGCGAAAUUCUCGGCCAACCUGUGGUCAAGUCAAUUCCCGAGGUAUUGAAAGCUUUGAGUGCUAAGAAGGAUAUUCUGCAAUAUAAACUUUCCGAGAAGGAUGGUCUCAGUGUCUCGUUCUUGACUCCUCCCCACAUUACCGUUCAGACCCUUAAGGACAUUGCCGAGGUUCCCGAAUACAAGUCACUCAUAAAGGGAUUGUGGUUCCAACCUGGUAGCUACGACCAGGAGGCAUUGGACACAGCAGAGGCAUUGGGCUUGCUUGACAAAGUGGUACACCAGGAAGAGUGUAUUCUCGUCCGUGGCGAGGAAGGCAUGUAUAGCGCCAACUUGUAG